AUGUCAGGUGCCGCCGAUCGAGAGGCCGUAUUCCCAACCCGGCAGUCGCUGGAAGUCACAUACGCCGUCGGGGGCGACAUUGGGUACCAGAUCCAGGAGUCUGCGAGGUCAGCGCGCUUUCGUGUUCGCACCAAGCAGGAGAACGUUUCUGGAGUGCUUCUGCCGACCUUCGAAAGUUACGUCACUGAAGGGAACAACGACUUUGGACUCACUGGCCUCGGCAAGGGCGGCCAACAAGUUCAGCGUUGCCGCGAAACCUACGCUCGUGCUGUGGAGGCCCUUGUCGAGCUAGCCAGCCUGCAAACUGCUUUCGUGAUCCUCGAUGAGGUGAUCAAGGUUGUUAAUCGUCGAGACAUCAAUUCCGAGCUCGAUGAACUGGACAGAGAAGAGUUCUACCGCCUGAAAAAGGUUGCAGGAAAGAAACAAAGAGACACCGCUGCGGCUGAUGCGGAAAUGAAGGCGAAGAGAGAAGCUGCUAUAAGCAGGACCGGACAGAAUGACAAGGUGGACGACGGCCCUACUGACUUGCUAGCCGCCGAGGAGGACAACGACGUCAUUUUCUAGGAUACGGAGACGUGCCAUGAGGAGCAUGCUGGUGCGGGACUAUUUCGAUGAGGUAUAAGGACCACCCAGGCCUGCAGGACAUGGACGCGGACAGAAAUGAGUAAUAGCAGGUCCGACUGGCCCAACACUUGUCUCGAUACCUAAGAUGAAAGCACUGUAAGAACCAUUGCCUUGCA